AUGGGACAAAUGCGCUCAAUUGAUAUUUCACUUCCAACAACAAGUUGUAUUUAUGUGACAUUUUUGAAACUUUUAAAUGAAAUACACAUUGAGCAUCAGCUAAUGCGUAAUUUUACCAAAUUAUUUCAUCUGAUCUGUAAUAUUACUGAUCUAGAAGAUGACAACAAAAUGACGAAAAAUUCUGAAAUAUUGAUUGAACAACAUGAAAGAUUCGAAUCAAAAGCACUAUACGAAAUAGCUAAUCGUUUUCGGAUUCGAUCACAUAAAUUUAAUUUACAACGAAAUGAAAAGCAUUCAACAGAUGAUGAUAUUGGUUAUGUAAGUCGUAGUUCUAGCGAAGAAAUUGAUGAAAAACGUCGAAAUAUCAAUGAUCAUCUACGGGAUAUACUCUACUGUAGUACAAAUUUGGAUGAUGAAAGAUUUGCAUCAAUGUCAAAGGUGACAAUUAGUGAUGAGGAUGAUUGCAUGGAUAAAGAUACAAUAACAGAUGAUGAAUUACGAAAUCAAAAAGAUGAUAAUAGUUAUAAUACAACGUAUGUUUUGAAUGGUGAACGACGAGUACAAAUUGGUUACAUUGAUUUCAAUCGAUUAGACAUUAUCAUCACAAAACCAGAAUUAUUAACUCACCGAAAAAUUCCGUCCGGUAUCGAUUUAGCCUUCAAGAAAAUGAAGUUAAAAGCAACCUUACCAACACUAGAAUUACAUUCGUUUGGCAGUGAAUCAUCGUUGGCAUCAUUUGAUGAAAAAGCAAUAAUGCAUUCUAUUCCUACGCCAAUGAAACGAUCACGUAUACCACGUGCUACUAUUCCGAUCAAUAGCAAUGGUACGAUACGGAAAUCACACCCUGUUGUUACAUAUGAUACGUAAUUUUAACAUUUUAAUCGUUUAGUUACGAAUAUUCGUAAUUGUGAUACGUGAACUUUUUACGUAAUUGUGAUACGUGAAGCUUUUUACGUGACUUAACCG